AUGACGAUUCAUAGCAGUGAAGUCAGAGUGAUGGAAUUUGGAGACCUCUUGAAGGAGAUCGGGGAAUUUGGUUGGUUCCAGAAAUGGCUCUCGUUCAUGAUCUGCCUUCCAAAUUUCCUCAACGCCUUCCCCUUGUUCGGCCAAGUGUUCAUCGUUAUGGACGUACCUCACUAUUGCAAUACAAGUUGGAUCCGCAAGUUUGGCUUGAACCUGACCGAAGACCAGGAGUUGAACUUGACAAUUCCCAGGAAGCCAGAUGGAUCUCUCGAGGAGUGCCGUAUGUUCACUCCUGUGCAAGGGAAUCUUCAAUCGAUUCAACUUAAUUCCACGGAAAAUUGCAGAGAUGGUUGGGUGUAUCCUGAAGGGCUCCAGCCGACAUUGCUAACUGAGUUCAACUUGGUCUGUGAGCGAAAAAACUUAAACGACAUCUCUCAGUCCAUUUUCAUGGCGGGCGUUCUCGCUGGAGCUCUGGUUUUUGGCCCGCUGAGCGACAGGAUCGGGAGCCGAAACACGAUCUUGCUCACACUUCUCUUGAUGGGCUCCUUUGGCGUCGGGGCAGGCUUUGCACCCAAUUUCUAUGUCUACGUCGCCUUGAGGUUCGUUGUGGGUUCUGCUUUUGCUGGAAUCAGUAUAAGCAUGACCGCUUUAGCUUCUGAGUGGGUCGGGGCUUCCUACCGCCCCGUCGUAGUGGUCAUGGGUCACUGCUGCAACGCUAUGGGGCAGAUGGCCUUGGCUGGGUUGGCAUACGGCAUUCGGGACUGGAGGCUCUAUCAGCUUGCUGGCUCCCUGCCAGUUUUCUGUCUCUUUUUUUAUAUAUGGGUCCUUCCCAGCUCUGCUCGAUGGCUUCUGACAAGAGGGAAAGUCCAGGAAGCAAAAAAAGAGAUUAGAAGGGCAGCGUCGAUCAACAAGCGAAGUGUCCCGGAAGUAUUGCUUAGCAAGCUGGAUUCCCAAAAGAAUGGCAAAUCUGGAAGCAUGCUGGAUCUUUUAAAGAAGCCGUAUCUAAGAAAAAUUACUUUGAUUGUGGCCUGGAUUUGGUUUGCGGACAGUAUGGUGUACUAUGGAUUGAGCUUUCAUGUUGGGAACUUUGGCCUGGACAUCUACAUGACCCAGCUGGUGUUCGGAGCCGUCGAAAUACCAGCUCGCUUGUCUUGCAUCUUCCUGCUCCAGUGGCUGGGGAGAAGAAAAUGUCAGGCCUGUUGGCUUCUCCUCGGUGGAGUCGUAUGCAUGAUCAUCCCUGCGAUUCCCAAAACUUUCCCCGUCAUUGUGACUGUGCUGGCUGUUACCGGCAAGGCCGCUCUUGCGGCUUCCUUUUCAACCACCUACGUGUUUUCUGCAGAGGUGUUUCCCACAGUUCUCAGGCAGACCUGCUUAGGUUUGUGCUCCAUAUCUGCCAGAAUCGGCGGCAUCCUCGCCCCGUUGGCCGGUCUUCUGGAUGAGUUCCACCCUGCAAUUUCGAUGGUGCUAUUUGGAAGCACGGCGUUGGUUGGGGGAAUCCUCUCCUUCUUCCUUCCUGAGACUCGGAACAGAGAUCUUCCGGAUGACACAACCGUAUCUCCUCCAAGCCAUCGAUCCAACACGACAAUCAACGGCGUCUUUGAUAGUGGACCAGCGGAAGAGAAACAUGGAAGCUGGAUUAAGGGAACCACCAAGAAUACAUGCCUGUAG